GAUGAGGCGUGAAUCCAGCAAUACACUUUUGAAAGCAAGUAAAUAAAAGGAAUGGAUUAAGACAGCUACAGUCAACGAGUGAAGGUGGAAAAAACAGUUUCGUAUUAUCAUAGCAAAGAGGGUGUAUGGUUAAAACGACAAGUGUUGACAAAAAGCCAAAUAUCUGUCGAGGCAGGCCGAAACGUCUACACUGUGUACAGCGCGCCCUAUGUAACUAUGGAAACUGCUUGACUAAUACUACGACAGAUGGAACGCGAUACCACGCGAUAAUCGGCCAUGCGGAUGCUUCGUCAAGCUACAUUCGCCAUGGCGGUUCAGAGGAGGCUGUUUGUUCUGCUGCUCUUCACCGGCCUUGCCCUCACGGCACCAAACGAUGCUAACAACGAUGGCUUUUCGUCAACGGAAGUAGCCACGUUUCCGUUGAUCUCGGUGGAGGGAUCGAAGGGCCUAAGGACUGAUAAUGCUCAGGUUAACGACGAGAGUUUGGAUCCGUUCCCCAAAACAAAAAUGGCCGAAGCCCAAGGACGAGUAGGACCCGCUGAACUUCCCGCGAAGCCGAGAGCUCGUUCAUAUCAGAUUGCGGCGCACGCUAAAUUCGUGGUAAAAGGACGCACUGAGACUCUGCAUUUCGGCCAAGAGCCUACGAAACCAUCAUCCCCAUCCAGUUACGCUGAAAGCUAUGACCCACAACCGCCUGGUAAUGCAGUCAAGUCACGCGUCUACACGUCCACGUUCAAGCCGCACAGUCUUGCCCACGGGAGCCAGGGUGCACCGUGGCAUCCGCCACAUACUUACGAAGCUUCACCUACUCAGACUUCUGGCGCCUCAAAUACAAAUGCCUAUGUGCCGGUUUCAGAAAACCAGCCUGCACAGAGCCCAGCUCUUACACUAACCCCUGGGCCAAUCCACAGCACUGGCAGCAAUCCAGAUCACAAGCAGGUCUCAAAGGAGCAAAUCUACAACUCCGCACCUGGUUCACAACCCAUUUAUGCCCCUGCGCUGGACGUGAGACCUAACCACGAACUGGCUCCGCAGGUUCAAUCUAGUUACCACGCGUUACUGCAGGGACAACUUGAUUAUGAAAAGAAACCACAGACCUCUUCUGACUAUGAUUUUGCCCCACAAGCCCAAUCCUGGUAUGAAUUAUUACCACAAGCCCUGCCUAAAUAUGGUCCAGGUCUGUACGUCCAAUCUAGUUACCAAAAGGACCCGCAAACCUCAUAUAACCGUGGUCCUACUCUACAGGUCCAGUCUGGCUAUGGAUCGUCACCGCAAGCCUCAUUUAACUAUGGACUAGGUCCACAAGCCCAAUUCGGGUAUGGACCGAUACCGAAAGCCUCAUCUAAUCACAAAGUAGCUCUGCAAGGCCAACCUAGUUACGAAAAAAAACCACAAAUCUUGUCCAAUCAUGGUCCUGCUCCACAGACUCUAUCUGGGUUUAGAUUAUCGCCGCAAGUUUCGUCUAACUUUACAACAGCUCCGCAGGGCCUACUUAAUUACGCAGAGGAAUCACAAGCCUGGUUAAACCAUAGCCCUGUUCCAGAGGUCCAACCAGGAAAUGGAUCAUCUAAGUAUGGACCAGCUUCACAAGCCCAAUCCGAAUAUGCAUGGUCACCGCAAACCUCUCCUAAUUAUGGUCAUACGUUGCAUACUCAGUCUGGCCGUCAAGAAAUACAACAGUCUUCUUUUAAUUUACAGGCUCAGUCUAAUAACGGAGCGCUUUUGGAACUGUCAGCUAACCAAGCAAUUAAUUCACCAGCUCGCUCAGGUUAUAGAGCGGUACCACAAGCCUCGCCAAACUCUGGGCCAGCUCUACAGCUCCAAUCUGUCUACGGAGCAAGGUACGGGCCAGUUUACGAAACUGGGUCGAACUAUGGGCCUACAUCUCAACAGGAAAAUUAUGGCACUUUGAGUCACACAGUUUUGGCCUAUCAGUCAGCUUUACAGGGACAUGCUCAGCCCGCUGUGUCUAACUAUGGAGCUGAUCGCCAGCCUCAAGCAGUCUCCGGACGAGCGUCCAAAAUUCAUCCCACUUCCACGCCAGACAUCCAAAUUCAAGGAACCUACGUCCGUACUCCGCCGACUUAUUACGGCUAUGGUCCUCCAUUUCAGACACCAAGAAGAUACGGUCUUGCCUACCAAAGUCUCCCAAGCUAUGGAUAUGAACAAGUUAAUCACGCAGGUGCUCCAAAAAUUUAUGAACGUCCGCCACAGAUUGGUACGCAGCAUUCGAUAGACCCUAUGCAAGGUUAUCUUCCUACUCUCCAAGAUCACUUUCAGCCUACCAACACUUUUAAAAAUGUAAUGGAGCAUAGCCCUCAAGCAGGUCAUGUGCAGGCACAGCCUAUGCUGAAUUUUCGGGUCAACCAUACUCAAUCCCAAUCCGUACAUAUGGUUCAUCCUGGUUCUAAUCAGUUUAUUCCCAUACAGAGUCUCAUUCAAUCUAAUUACCGUCAGCUCAAGCCCGUGCAGGGACCUCAAGCUGGUGGUGUUCCGUCAUCGAGCAGCGACCAGCUUGCCCAACCUGCUAAGUUCGGAGGCACUCCUCAUGACUUCCAUAAUUCGCCCAUAGAUGACUUCAUUCAAACUCGCCAUCCGUACAUGGACGGCAAACCUCAUGCCUCAGAAGUGACACCUAGGCCUUCCACUGCCUCGUUCCACCUGCCGAUUGAACAUGCCGUGGUAACGCUGGAAGUACCAGCGCCUCAACAGGGUUACGGCACGCCGCGGAAAGUCUCUUAUGAACCACAGGCACAUACUCAGAAUACUGACUACACGCCCCCCAAUGAACCGGAUAAACAACAAAAUCAGAAAUCGGAUGAUAAUGCACCGGCAGAAUCGGAUGAGGUUCUUCGUGAAAUGCCUCAAGAGAGCCCUGAUCAAACGUCUGAAGAAACAAAUACAGAGGGCCCAGGCCGAAUUGAAAAUCAAACGCGAGCGGAUGAUGCAAAGCGUGAUCCACCGGUUAGUCACUCCGAUCAAAUAGAAGAACAUGGAGAUACUAAACCUGACGAAAAACCCAGAAGUAAAAGUAGACUUGCUAGCGCCAACGAUAAGUCUAAUCGACCUGCUCAGACGUUCCACAAAAGCUAUGAACCGCCCACGGAACAUAACGAUACAAGAUCCAGCGAGGAUUCUGCAAACAAACAUAAACAUAUUGGUCUACAUUCUGCGGAAGAAAUUCCUGAACACCUCGUUUACAUCAUGUAUGUUCGACAGCAAGCUGAAACACAAAAGGAAAAACUGCCCACGAGUCCGCAAGAUACUAUAAACCAAUCCUAAGGGUUUAAUUCAGGAACCCAGAAAGCUCAUAGAGUAUGUCCGAUGCUGUGCACCUAAACGAAGUGUAUAUAUAUAUAUAUAUAUACAUCUAUAAAUACAUCUGCGGAACACAAGGCCAACAUCAAUUUUUCAGUUUGUUAGUUCGUUUAUAAUGUUGAAUUAUUUUCUUCUCUAAGACAGUGAGUUUGAUGUGAUAAAAUAAGAGGACGAUGU